UGCAAAAAGUACUGGGUACUACCUGAACUACAUACUCAGUAUCUAUCAAUCGAAGUAAACAGAUAACUGAAUUUUUGUUAUUUAAAUCUAAAUUCGAUACCAUCAUGAGUCACUCUGCUACGAAACAUAUGUGAAGCGCACAGGUCCAGACAUGAAUCGAAAAUGCAUAAGGAGCUAUGCAUUUCUCGAUUUGGAAACAACGGGUCUACCCGCCAUGGAGUUUAAUAAAACAAAAAUAACGGAGAUUUGUGUUGUGUCAGUCUCGAAGGACAGUCUUUUAAAUACAGAGAAACAUGAACUACCGCGAGUCUUAAGCAAAUUGUCGUUUUGCGUUAAUCCUUGCAAGCAAAUCAGCUCCGAAUCGACUCGUAUUACAGGUCUGGACAAUUUUAUGUUAGAAAAUGAAACUAAAUUCGAUGAAAAUUUCGUAAAAUUACUCAACCACUUUCUCCUACAACUUCCACAACCUGUGUGCUUGGUAGCUCACAACGGAGAUCGGUUUGAUUUUCCCAUCAUGCAGAGACAACUAAAAACACUGAGCAUGACGUUGCCCGAUGACACGUUAUGUAUGGAUUCAUUGCUGUUUUUCCGGUUAUAUGAAGAUUAUUUGGAACGAGAGAAGUUGGAUGAACCGAAGCCUUUGCCAGAUGAGCUGCCCGUGGAAAAUUACUUGACGGAAACAAUUCCAAGUAGCGAUGCUGCCAUUGAAACGAAGAUACUGACGAUAGAUGAAAUUUCACCCGUAGAAGUAACGUCGUCAAAUGAUACUCAACUACUACGCCAAAUAAUUGAGCCGAGUUCAUCAACGGAUAUGCUAACCGACAUCGUAGACAUAAAUGAAACGUUGUCAGCGGAAGAUGUGAAAGCUAAGCAGAUAGUCAACGAAUCAACACCUUCUGAUCGUAAGACAUUGGCGAAAAAGGAAUUAUUUUCGAAAAGAUUGUCAUCGUACGGUAGUAACAGCGUAACACCAGGAUCGAAACGAGUACUAUUUACACCUCAAAACGGCAAUUCAAGCGAUAGUCCCUCAAAACGUAUGAAAUUUACACUAACUGCAGUUCAUGAGCGUUUUUUUGGUUGUGAGCCAAAUCAAUCUCAUUACGCAGAGAAUGAUGUCUUAGCACUGUUGAAAUGCGCUGUCGCCUCAAAAUUGGAAUUUAUCGAAUAUGCUGCAGUGAAUGCGAAACUUUUUAAGGAAAUCAGACCGCUCGGGAUGUAGGACCUGUCUGUUUUAAUUUAUUUUUUAGUCAAUUUUACCGAUCAUUAGUCGAUCGACUUUAAUAAAUUUUUUGUUAUUUGAUGCAUGCCAUCAAUUUCACGUCACAUUGUCCUAUUUUAGUAGACUAGAGAUUUUCAAAAAAUUUCAAUUUUAGAUUUCGCAACGUUGCGUAAAAUCGCAUUCUAACUCGAAACAAAAAUAUUUCCAAGACCUUCAAAUUUCAUUGGUCAGUAUCAAUGAAAAUACAUAGUUUAUACACCGCAGCGGUGUAUUAUAGAAAUGUAGCCAAAUUUCCUGAAACGUUUUCUUAAUAAAUUUGAUUUUUUGAUGUACUGCAAUGA